AUGGGUGAUUACAUGCCAGAAUCAGCCAAGGUAGUGGCCCCCGCCAUGGCUGGGAAGCCACAUGAUAACGGUACCGCCAAAGAGCAAAGCGGCGUUCUGUACCACCAGCUUCGUCAAAAGCCUCUCAAUAUCGUUGGUGGCCGGGGGAGCUACCUCCUUACUGAAGAUGGAUUGGAGAUCCUCGACGCCACCUGCGGUGCUGCAGUGUCUUGUCUUGGCCACAGCGACAUGCGCGUGCAUGAAGCUAUAAUGCAGCAACUACAGAAGAUCCCUUACUGUUAUUCGCUUUACUUUACCAACACUGCUGCAGAGAAUCUUUCUAAGAUUCUGGUGGACUCAACAGGAGGAAAGAUGACAAGGGCUUUCAUUGUGAGCUCAGGCACCGAGGCUGUAGAAGCAGCUCUCAAAAUGGCUGUCCAGUAUUUCAUGGAGCUGCCUACUCCCCAGCCACAGCGAGCCAACUUCAUCUCUCGCAAACAGUCAUACCACGGAAACACGCUUGGAUCACUUUCUGUUGGGCACCAUGUUGGCCGGAGGGCUCUCUAUGAGAAGGUCUUAGCAAAGAAUACUGGUCACGUCGCCCCUUGCUACCCAUACCGUGGCAUGAAGACUGGUGAGAGCGUUGAAAGCUACGUUUCUAGGCUAUCCCAGGAAUUGGAGGAUGAAUUCCAGAGGUUGGGACCAGACACAGUCUGUGCAUUCGUGGCGGAGACGAUGGCCGGCGCGACACUCGGAUGUGUUCCCCCUCUACCCGGAUAUCUCAAAGCAAUGAAGGAAGUUUGUGAGCGGCAUGGGGCUUUGUUCAUUUUGGACGAGGUCAUGUCCGGCAUGGGACGCACAGGGACACUUCAUGCCUGGGAACAAGAAGAUGUUGUCCCCGAUUUGCAGACUAUGGCCAAGGGUCUCGGGGCUGGAUAUGCCCCUAUUGCCGGUCUACUCUUGAACAAGCAUGUUGUCGACACUCUGACAAAAGGCACCGGCGCAUUUUCUCACAGUCAAACGUACCAAGGACACCCGGUAUCCUGUGCCGCUGCGGUCAGAGUGCAGCAGAUCAUUCAGGAAGAUAAUUUGCUGCCUAAUGUUCGUGCGAUGGGUGCCUAUCUUGGCCAACUUCUCCAUGAGAAAUUUGAUAGCCAUCCUCAUGUUGGCGAUAUCCGUGGAAGAGGACUGUUCUGGGCUCUUGAAUUUGUCCAGGAUAAGGAAACGAAGGAGACUUAUCCCCCGGCUAAGAAGCUGGCAUGGACUAUUCACGUCACCGGUCUCAAGCCUGAGUAUGCUAUCUCCCUUAUGCCUGGCAACGGUGGUGCGGACGGAGUCCAUGGUGAUCACAUUUGCUUGGCACCGCCGUACAAUACCACGCGUUCUGAGAUUGAGAUGAUCGUUGAACGGACAGCUCGCGUCAUUCAGGAAGUCUUGGGUUGA